AUGGAAGAGAGAGAGACUGUGAAGGAGUUUGCUGAUAGGCUUGUGGAGAUUGCUAACAAGAUUAGAGUGUUAGGAACUGAUAUCAAGGAUGAUAGGCUGGUGCAAAAGAUUCUGGUUUCUGUACCAGAAAGGUUCGAGGCAACUAUUGCUUCAUUGGAGAACUCUAAGGAACUUUCAGACAUCAAACUUACUGAACAAAGUUUUGGUGGAAAAGGAAAGAAGUUGAAAGAAUAUGGUCGUGUUUUUGAGAUUGUUGCAGUAGGAAGAUCGAACAACAACAAAGGGGGAAAUCAUCCUCGUUGUCAGCAUUGUGGAAAGAGAAAUCAUCCACACUAUAAGUGUUGGAGGAAGCCUGACAUGAGAUGCAGGAAGUGUCAAAAGUUAGGGCAUGCUGAGAUCAUCUGCAAGGAGGAGGAGACUUGGCAGCAAGGUGAGGCACAAACUGCAGUUGAAGAAGUGGUAGAACAAUUCUUUGUUGCUUCUUGUUUUAGCUCACGUGUUUUAGAUGAUUGUUGGCUUGUUGAUAGUGAUUGUAUUAACCACAUGAAAAGUGAUGAGAAGCUCUUUAGGGAGCUUGAUAGAUCAGUAACAGCAAGAGUAAGAAUUGGGAAUAGAGAGUACUUGGCAGUGAAGGAGAAAGGAUACAAGGUGAUGUUUGAGGAGAAAAAGUGUUUGAUUUCUGAUUCAAAGGGUCAGAAGUUACUUGAGAUUCCAAUGAAGAAUAAGUUUUUUUCUUUGGAUCCAUUGAAGAUGAAGUCUAAGGAGAAAAAGGUCUAUGGACUGAAGGAGACUCCUAGAGCAUGCAAUGUUAUUCAUAUUGUGGAAGAAGAAAGCAUUGAUGUGUUCGUGAACAAUCAAGCAAAGUGGAGAAAUGAAGCUGGUGCAUUGCAGAACAGAAGACCAGUUUGCAGAUAUCUUCACCAAGUCCUUUCAGAUUGGAAUGUUUGA